UAAAAAACUAAUACAAUUCAUUCUUGUUGUCAAUUAAAGGGCAGCUUCAAAAUAAAAAUUCUAAAGUAACAAAGAAAAACAGAAUCAAAUAAGGACUGGUGCUCUGACAAUGUUUAUUUUUUAAAAGCAUCUGUUAAACCAUUUAAUGUUCAACGUGGCCAAUCAUCCACUGGGAAAAGAAGCAUUCUCUGCAAUGGACUGCCCCAGCUGUAACUAUAGCCGGACGAUCAAUGACACUGAGCCAGGGGGAAAAGGGGCUCCCUACUCAAUCCAAAUCACUGUAUCCCUGAUCAUUCUAGUGGGGAUCCUCAUUCUCCUUACAGUGUUUGGCAACGUCCUCGUUGUUAUAGCAGUGUUUACCAGCAGGGCUUUGAAAGCCCCACAGAACUUAUUUUUGGUCUCUUUAGCAUCUGCAGAUAUCUUGGUGGCCACCCUGGUCAUGCCCUUUUCCCUGGCCAAUGAACUAAUGGGCUACUGGUACUUUGGCAAAGUCUGGUGCGAGAUCUAUCUGGCCUUGGAUGUCUUGUUUUGCACGUCUUCAAUCGUCCACCUGUGCGCAAUAAGUCUGGAUAGGUACUGGUCCAUCACCCAAGCUAUUGAGUACAACCUCAAGAGAACUCCACGAAGGAUCAAAUGCAUUAUAUUUAUUGUCUGGGUGAUCUCGGCAGUCAUAUCCUUCCCACCCUUAAUUUCAAUGGAAAAAGAACAGGGGAAGCAAGAAGACCCCCGAUGUAAAAUCAACGACGAGAAGUGGUACAUCAUCUCCUCCUGUAUAUGCUCCUUUUUUGCCCCCUGCAUCAUCAUGAUUCUCGUUUAUGUUAGAAUCUACCAGAUCGCCAAGAAGAGAACAAGGGUGCCCCCCAGCAAGAGGAACAACGAUGAGGUUGACAGAAAGCAGAAUGGCUUUGUGGACAAGGACUGCCCCGAGAAACUGGAUGGGGAAGAGAAAGUCCCAGCUGGAGACCGGGAAAUUAAUGGAGAUGACUUAGAAGAGUCCUCUUCUUCUGACCACAACGUCAAUAACCCUUGCUCGAUCAAAAAAAAAAGCAAUAAGACACGAGGGAAAGCAAGGACCAAGCUGAGCCAGAUCAAACCAGGAGAUAACCUCCCCAAAAGGGAGGAAGAGCCAGCUGUGAAGGUGUCGCGGUGGAAAGGAAGGCAGAACAGAGAAAAGAGAUUCACUUUUGUACUUGCAGUGGUGAUCGGGGUGUUUGUGGUUUGCUGGUUCCCCUUCUUCUUCACCUACAGCUUGACUGCCAUCUGUUUCUCAUGCAAUGUCCCCGAGACUCUGUUCAAGUUCUUCUUUUGGUUUGGGUACUGUAACAGCUCCCUCAACCCAGUUAUAUACACAAUAUUCAACCAUGACUUCAGGAGGUCUUUCAAAAAGAUUCUUUGCAGAGGAGACAGAAAGAGGGUGGUUUGAAAUGAUUUACGGACUGCUGAUUGUUUUGCAAGCAACUAAAGAAUUGUAGAGUUCAUCAUACGCUGUAUUGUUGUUUGCAGGUCUGUGACUACAUCGUGAUUUAGGGUUAAAUAACAAAAAAAGAGUUUUUGUAUGUGAAAAACAAGCCACAUUAAUGAUUGUGUUUAAAACUACAUGUACAGUAAGUAUUAGUUUAA